GGGCCGGGGGCCGGCGGGCAGGCGGCGGCGGUAACGGGCGGGCGGCAGCCGGGGCCGCUCCAUGUUCGCCAUGGACUACUCCUACCUCAACUCCUACGACUCCUGCGUGGCCGCCAUGGAGGCGUCCGCCUACGAGUUCAGCCCCUGCAGCCAGGCCGGCUCCUUCCAGUACAGCCCCAUGCGGGGGGGCUUCGGCACCGGGCCCGCCUGCCCCCCCCUCGCCUCCGCCAACUGCGCUCUGGGCGCCCUGCGCGACCACCAGCCCUCGCCCUACUCGGCAGUGCCCUACAAAUUUUUCUCGGACCCAUCGGGGAUCAACGAGAAGCGGAAGCAGCGGCGGAUCCGGACGACGUUCACCAGCUCCCAGCUGAAGGAGCUGGAGAGGGUCUUCGCCGAGACCCACUACCCCGACAUCUACACCCGCGAGGAGCUGGCCCUCAAGAUCGACCUCACCGAAGCCCGGGUGCAGGUCUGGUUCCAGAACCGCCGAGCCAAAUUCCGCAAACAAGAGCGGGCAGCUAAUGCCAAGGGUGCCAGCGGCACCGCCGGUGGCACUGGCAAGAAGUCAGAGCCGCGCUCUUCCUCGGAGGACGACGAGUCCAAGGAGUCCAACUGCAGCCCGACGCCUGACAGCACGGCAUCCCUGCCCGCCGCCGGCAGCCUCGGCAGCCCUGGCAGCAGCCUGAGCCCCAGCCCUGGUGCAGGGCCACCCAUGGGACCCGGCCAUCCCCCCCAGACCCUCAAGGCGCCCAUUUGGCCCGGUGUGAGCACCAGCAGCGGCACCACCAACGCCGCCGACCUGCUGAAGGCCUGGCAGCCUGCUGAAGCUGUGCCGGGACCUUUCUCCGGCGUCCUCUCCUCCUUCCAUCGGAAGCCCAAUGCCCUCAAGACAAACCUCUUCUGAUGUGCCGGUCGCUG